UAAUAUAUCUCAAGUAAUGUAAAAAUAAAAACAUCGACUAUUCAACGAUAUCUACUAACGAUAAACGUCUAACCGGAAAGAUGGCGACGAUCUGUCAACAUCAGCUACGUUUCAUUAAAUAUUAUGCCAUUGUUAGCCUAUUGCAAUUGAAAAAAGUCACCAAAUAUGAAAGCUUUCGUUUCAAAAUAUAUUAAACGUCUGAAAGUGUUCUUUUUAUCAUAGAUAAUUUUAACGGACAUCGAAUUUUGCGUAUUCUCGCACAUAUCGGGAGUUUUUUCUGUGACAUUUAUUGCUACAAUGGCACUACAAGAGGACGAGAACACCUGGAUAUUAGAAUUGGAAGCAGCGCUUCUUGAUACAGAAGUACCAUCUGCAUCUGAUAUAUAUGCUAUUUGUAAAGGCCAACCAAUCCCUACAAAUUUAAGACCAGAUGUUUGGCAGGCUUGUCUGUAUGUUACUGAUCGACGCGAUCAAUUGAGCCAAUUUAAUGAAGUUUAUGAUUUACCUGAACAAAAUAUAAUUCGUGACGAUUGUCAACAACUAGUCGCCAAACUUGGUAAUGAUGAUGAAGAUAAAGUCUCUGUGGUUUCUGAUCUUGAAUCUAUAUUAACAUUUUAUUGUAAAAGUAAAUGUAAACAAUAUGAAAGAGGAAAUGGAUGGAUAGAAUUAUUGGGUCCUUUGAUAGCUUUAAAAUUACCACGUGCUGCAACUUAUAAUCUCUUUGAGGCAAUAAGAGAUAUCUAUAUCCCAAGAGGCGAAACAUACAGCUCAGUUUUAAGAUUACUGCUGCUCUAUCAUGAACCAGAAUUGUGUUCAUUUUUGGAUACAAAGAGGAUAUCACCUGAUCAAUAUACAAAAAUAUGGAUGAAUACACUAUUUGCUGGUGUUUGUUCAUUGCCAGCAAUCUGCACUAUGUGGGAUUUGUAUUUUAUGCAAGCUGAUCCAUUUUUCAUGCUGUUUCUCUCCCUCAUUAUGAUUAUAAAUGCUAGAGAACAAAUUUUAAGUAUGAAGGACGAAGACAAACAAAAUAUAAUAGAUGCCAUAGCAAUAAUGCCGUGUGCUCUAGAAGCAGAGGACGUGACCGACUUCUGUUCCUUAGCACAAUAUUAUGCAAUGAAAACACCAACAUCUUUUAAACAAGAUUUAUAUCCUAUCAUGUUCGGCGAAAAUUCUGACGAGAAAUCAAUAUCUCAUGCAUUGUGCCUACCAGUAUCAGCGCAAGAAUUAGUAGAAAAUGCUAUUGAAGCUCCAUCCAUACCUAAUACUGUCGAGACUGUUAGAUUUUUUCUCGUAGAUUGUAGACCAGCAGAACAGUAUAAUGCAGGCCAUUUACCAACAGCAUUUCAUCUUGAUUGUAACUUGAUGCUUCAAGAACCUGCCGCGUUUGCCACAGCAGUGCAAGGUUUACUGCAAGCUCAACGCCAAGCACUAGCUGUUGGCUCACAAGCUGGUGGAGAACAUCUUUGUUUUUUAGGAAGCGGUAGACAAGAGGAAGAUCGUUAUACACAUAUGGUAGUAGCAUCCUUUUUACAAAAGCAUACACAAUAUGUUAGCAUGAUUACUUCUGGAUAUCAAGCCAUUCAUGAAUAUUUUGGUGAUGAAGUAGUAUCAAGUCUUGUCGAUCAUAAUUCACAGCAUUGUCUAGUAUGUAAUACUAACAUGUUGGAAGAAAAUUCAAACGAAGCGAGCCCAGUGAAAGUUAAAAAUAAUAAUUCCGAUCUUUUGGGAAAAAUCGGAUUAGCUAUGAAAUUAAAGAGCCAAGAAGUAAAAGGAAAGUUGUUUGAUUAUAUUGUUAAUCCUACAGCGAACGUCAAUAGCAAUACAGAAAAGAAUGAUGGCAAAGAUUUAGAUUACAUUAAACGUCAAAGAAAAACUGCGCCUGUGUUUAGUAUAGAUGAUGAUCAAGAAAUAGAUAGUACUAUGACUAAUAAUGAAAGUGAAGAGCCUAUUGAAGUAGUAUCUGUACAGCAAUGGAUGAAAAAUCCUAAUUUAUUACAUUCCUUUAAAUGCCAAGAAGUGAAAGUCAAUGGUGAUCUCUGUGAUAGGUGAAUUCAACUAUUGAUUACCGAUAGUCAUCUUAUAGUACUGCGAGAAAUCCCGGAACGAAAAGGUGCCGCACAUGUAAUUGUUAAGCGUCCUUUAACGAGUAUUGUUAAAAUAACGUCGAGAAAGCGACAUGCUGAUCUAAUAACUUUCAAAUAUGGUACAACGCAAUAUAAU